AUGGAGGUUGUGGCCAGAGAUUUUGCAGAGCUGCCACAGGAUAUUCUGAUGGAUAUGUUUUCUCUUCUGGAGACACCUGAUUUAGUGCGGGCGGGCUCUGUCUGCUGCUCCUGGAAGGCUGGAACUGCGUAUACUAGCAUACGUAGCUUUGGGCUUUACAAAUGGCCCCAAACACCUUGCCUCUUCUACACCUCUGGAUCUGCUGGAGAUAAUGCUGCUUUCCUCUUCAGCCUCGUGGAGAAGAGGGCCUACAAAUUAACUCUCCCAGAGCCACCCAUCCACAGAAGGUACCUGAUUGGAUCGUCACUUGGAUGGUUGGUUACUGCUGAUGAGCGUUCUGAGAUGCACCUUGUCAAUCCGGUCACUAGUGAACAGAUUUCUCUCCCUUCUGUCAUAACCGUUGAGCAGGUGACGCCCAUUUUUGACGAAAACGGUGUAAUUUUUUCUCACCACAUGGCAGGCUCCGUUGCUGGACCACCUUCAACACAUUCUUUAAGCAGAUUGCGGGACUACCUCUUUCAUAAGGCAUUUCUAUUUUAUGAUGCAUCUGCAAGAAGAUAUAUCGUAGCGUUGAUCCACAAUCCAUUUGGGCAGCUUUCAUUUGCUUGUCCAGGGGAUGAAAAGUGGACAUGGCUGCCACCACACGCAAAUUUUGAUGACUGCAUCUAUAAGGAUGGUCUGUUAUAUGCAGUGACAUUGCUUGGUCAAAUUGUCGCCUUUGAUCUCAGCGGGGCUGUGGUCACAACAAAGAGUUUACGUUAUCCAGGCUCCAUGGGGUGA